AUGAGCCGGCCGUUGAGAAGCACCAAAGGCUGCUGGACAUGUCGUCUCCGCCGCAAGAAGUGCGAUGAACGACGUCCUCCGGACUGGAUGGAUGGCGGUGACGUUGAGAAAUCCCAGAUUCAGAGUCUUAAGCAGACUGUGAAAUACACGUCGCGGCAACGUGAUAGAGCCAAACCUCAGCAACAGCGUUCUCAGAAGGAAGCUAUUUCGUCGUCAAGCUCAAACUCGGAUUCGCUUCGUGCCAUGCCGAAUGUUAGCGGUGAUGUAGUCAAUUCGGACUUACAAAAAGAAGACUCGCCGUCGGAGCCUUCCUUUUCUUCACACCAGAGGAACAUAACCAUUCACGACAGGGCAAAUCCCAUGCUCUUCAUGGGCGAUUUAUCGCUCUCCGAUACAAGACUCUUGAUGCAUUUCGUGGACCACGUAUACCCUAUGCAGCUCCCCAUCAGCCAGACUUCCAUCAUUCGGAACGAUCGAAACUGGAUUCUGCCAAUCAUCAUGCAUAUAAAACCAUUCUAUCACUCAGUUCUCGGGUUAGCCGCCAUUCAUCAAGGGUUUCUCACGUCUCAGUCAGCAGAUGAAGCAAAGAGAGAUCGUGUGCUUAAAUAUGCGCAAAAACACCACUCGAUUUGUCUUCAAGAUCUGGUAUUGGCAAUCCAAAUUAUCGGGCCGUACAAACCGAAUACUUCUCAGUGUCCUAAGGGAGGUGCAGGGGUCCUUGCAUGUGUUAUUCAACUAGUAAUUCUCGAAAUGUGUAUAGACGAGACAGAUAAUUGGCAAAUCCAUCUAAACGCCGCAAUCGGCAUGGUAUCAGGUGUUGAUGGGGUGCGCGAAAGAACAGCGAUCUCAGAGCCAGACCCUAUCACUAGUUUGACUUACGGAUGGGACGAUUUCGAAGAUGAAUUAAAUCCCGAAUAUCCUCUAGUUCAACAUCAGGUUUCCAUGAAUGUAUUGAUUGCUAUCACGAUAUAUUUGGAUGUGAUCUCCUGCGUUACAAUGGGCAAGCCGCCUCGUCUGCUUGGAAUGGUUCAUAAUCCAGCCGGAUUGUCCUCAGAAAAUAUGAAGAUUCGAAGUCUGUUCGGCCAAGAAUACUGGGUGAUGUUGCUUAUUGGCCAGAUAGCAGCCCUUCCUACGCCGAUCUCUGUUCAAGUACCAUUCGAUGGAAGUACAACCAAUUGCUGCAAUAGUACAUCUCAUGCGCAAAUCCGUUCUAGUCUUCACGGCUGGUUACAAGAAAAUGGACCUUCCAUCGAAAAAUUGCAGUGCUCAGAUGAGUACACUCUUUCGGCCCCGAUGUCGAUUCGUGUCACAAUGUACCUCUACACACUCGCUGGCAUCAUAUAUUUGCACCUAGCAACGAAGGGUGUCGACGAGAGCUCCAGCGAAGUUCGCAACUGCAAUCUUAUGUGGGCUAUUUAUGUUACCGGAUCAGUUGCUUUUGGAGAUGAGCGCGACUUUUUCCGGACUCUUCUCUCGACUUCUGCUUCAUAUUUCUCGAUCGGACAAUGCGGUAGAGUUUUGAGAAAGCUGGAGGAUAUUUGGGAAAAGAGUGUUGCCAGAAUUCCGCUUUUCAGCUCUGAUCUUGUGUGUCCGAAUUUGUUGUUGAUUUGA